AGAGGAGGAGGGUAGGAAGAGUGAUCUCUCGUCCCAUGACUUUCCCUCAGGGUUUGCUUUGGGACCGUUGACUGUUGGCCGCUUGGACAGACAGUGGCACUUAUCUUACUACCUGUCACUGUGACAACUGUCAGGUUGUUGCUGGGUUACUGUCCCCUUGGCGACCCGACCAUGUCGGUGACCACAGGCUUCAGCUACCAGCUGCCUGGCAUCACCACGGUAACCUAUGUGUUUGUUUACAGCCCGGGCACGGUACAGCGGGACCCCAGCCCCCCCACCCACACCCCCCCUGCCAUUACCGGCGCCAGUGGCCCCAAACGGAAACUCUACAGUGCCGUGCCGGGACGCACCUUCAUUGUGGUCAAACCGUACACGCCACAGGGCGAGGGAGAGAUCCAGCUGAACCGUGGAGAGAGGGUCAAAGUGUUGAGUAUAGGAGAAGGAGGCUUCUGGGAGGGCACGGUCAAGGGGAGAACAGGCUGGUUCCCUGCCGACUGUGUGGAGGAGGUUCAGAUGAGACAGUACGACCCUCGGCUAGAGACAAGAGAGGACCGCACUAAGAGACUGUUCAGACACUACACUGUGGGAUCCUAUGAUAACCUCUCCUCAUACAGUGAUUACAUCAUAGAGGAGAAGAAUGCUAUGCUGCAGAAGAAGGAAAACGAAGGAUUCGGCUUCGUCCUACGGGGAGCCAAAGCUGAGACACCCAUUGAGGAGUUCACCCCAACACCAGCGUUCCCUGCSCUCCAGUACUUGGAGUCUGUCGAUGUGGAGGGAGUGGCCUGGAGGGCAGGGCUUAGGACAGGAGACUUCCUCAUAGAGGUGCACGGGGUGAACGUGGUGAAGGUGGGCCAUAAGCAAGUGGUGUCUCUGAUUAGACAGGGGGGCAACAGCCUGCUGAUGAAGGUGGUCUCUGUCACACGCAAACCUGAGUCUGAGGAGGUAGUCCGCAAGAAAGCUCCCCCGCCACCCAAAAGAGCCCCCAGCACCACCUUGACGCUGCGCUCCAAGUCCAUGACUGCCGAACUGGAGGAACUGGCUUCCGUCCGGAGGAGGAGAGGAGAAAGGCUAGAUGAGAUGCUAGCGCCCCAGGAGCAUUUGACGUUACGUUCCCAGCCCACAGAGGCCGACUACAGAGCUGCUACUGUCAAACAGAGACCUACCGGCAGGAGAAUCACAUCAGCAGAGAUCAGUUCGCUGUUUGAGAGGCAGGGCAUGGCACUACAUGGUGGGCUCCACCCAGGGAUGGAGAGGGCUCAUAUGCAGCUGCCUAGAGGGAUGUCCAGGACCAAGUCAUUCGGUGCGACUGAGGAGGACCGUCUGUCGGUGUUGGCUGGAGAACACCGUUUCCCCCGGAGCUCCUCCAUGACGGACAGCCUCAGAGACCACUCCCACUCCCAUUCUAUCCCGCCCCCUCCCCAGACCGCACCUCCUCCUCCCCCUUCCCUCUACUACCUGGACACUGGCCCUCCUCCUGCUUUCUGCCCCCCUCCUCCCCCUGCCAGGGGUCAUGGUCAGGGUCAUGACCCUGCAGGUCGUUCCAGCUUCAAGCCCUCCUCCCUGGACCUGGACCGGCCCUACGACCCAUCGCCCCGCCAGUCCUCCCAUCUCGAACGCCAGAAGAAGACAAGGUCAAUGAUUAUUCUACAAGACUCCUCCCACUUACCCGUGGAGCCCUCCGACAUCCCCCGACCCUCUGCCUCCGCUACACCACCCGAGCGAAUUAAAAGGAAAGGACGGGUGAUUGACAACCCGUACGCCAAUGUGGGCCAGUUUAGUAUUGGGUUGUACACGCCCACCAAGCCCCAGCGCAAGAAGAGCCCUCUGGUGAAACAGCUACAGGUAGAGGACGCUCAGGAGAGAGCCAGCAUCGCCUUGGCUGCCGCCCACUCCCGAGAGCCCUCCCCCUCAGGUCGACACCCACACACCCACGGCCACACACACACCAGCCGGGCCGACUACUACCAGCAGCAGCUGAUGGUGGAGCGCGAGCGUAUGCGUCUCCAGGGAGAGGCCCUGCUACAGGGGAAAGGUCCGUUCGCUGCCGCUAUCGCCGGCGCUGUGAAGGACCGAGAGCGCCGUCUAGAGGAACGGAGGAAAUCAACAGUCUUCCUGUCGGUGGGGACCAUGGAGGGGGGGUCUGGGUCUGUCCCUGAGGCCCCCUCCUACACCACAUCUCGCUCCAUCGAUGAGCGCCUGCUCAGCAGAGAACUAGGCCAGCUGCCACCCCCCGCCCUGGCCCUGCGCCCCUCACCUGGCGGCACUACCUUCAUCCACCCACUCACAGGGAAGCCCCUGGAUCCUAACUCGCCCCUGGCUCUUGCGCUGGCCGCAAGAGAGCGGGCACUUACCUCCCAGACCCAGUCCCCCGCCAGCAGCCCUGAGCCCAGGACUAAACAGGACAGGGCUGGGGCUGGGGCUGGAAGUCAGGGGGCUUCGCUCUUCAUCGACAGCCAGACCAAAGAGCCUCAGCAUGGGGACGGGAGUCCGGGGUCGCCCCAGGCUGGAAAACCCCAGUGGGGAGCAUCUUCACCCACCUUGCUUCGCCAGGAGAUGGAGGGGAGAGUAGAGGAGAGAAAGGAGGAGAGGAGAACGGAGGAUAAGAAGAGUUUGUUGAUCAGUAUCAUGGACACAUCCCAACAGAAGACGGCUGGACUAAUCAUGGUCCAUGCCACCAGUAACGGCCAGGCAGUGGGGCUGGAACCAGGGCUGGAGCAGACCCCCACCUCCCCAGCCACCGAGCCCAGUAAACCCCCCCUAAGUCGGGUCCCAUCGCCCAGCCCCUCUGCCUCUCAGCCCCAGGCCCAGCCCCAGGCCCAGCACCCCUCCAGCCCAGCCCAGGCUACCUUGGCCCAGGGCAGUUCAGAGGAAGAUGUCGAGCCCUACACAGUGAGCCUACCUCCAGCAAUGCUGUCCUCAAGUGAUGAGGAGACCAGAGAGGAGCUGAAGAAGAUCGGGGUGCUCCCACCUCCGGAUGAGUUCGCCAACGGGUUCCUGACCCCCACCCCGCCUCAGGGCCCUCCUCUCCAGCCUUCCCCCGGAGGAGCAGUCGUCUCAGGGAAGCCCUCGAACCCGGACCAGUCCCAUCCUCCAGCCCUGUUGGCUGAGUCUGGUUCAGCAGCAGACUCUGGUGUGGAGGAGGCAGACACACGCAGCUCGAGUGAGAGAGAGCGGGACCACCACCUGGAGACCACCAGCACCGUGUCCACCGUCUCCAGCAUGUCCACUCUGUCCUCGGAGAGUGGUGAGCCCGCCGACACACAUACCUCCUAUGCCGACGGGCAGACCUUUGUGCUCGACAAGCCACCAGUGCCUCCCAAGCCCAGGCUAAAAUCCCACAUCGGAGGCAGUAAAGGCCCGGUAACCUUCAGGGACCCGUUGCUGAAGCAGAGCUCUGACAGCGAGCUGUUAUCCCAGCAGCAGGCAGCUGCUCUUGCUGCAGCAGCGGCCGGAGGGGCAGGGCUGGGGCAUGGAGGCCUUGGGUCUGGAGGCCUUGGGUCUGGAGGCCUGGGGUCAGGCUCUAUAUCUGGUCUGGUGGGAGGCCCAGGGAGGCCUCGCUACCUCUUCCAGAGGAGGUCCAAGCUGUGGGGGGACCAGAUGGAGGCGCGAGGACCCGGGGUGGGGUUAGGGAUGGGGAGUCUUGGCAGUCUAGGGGGGUUGGGGCUAGGGCUGGGGGGUGAGGAGGGAGGCAAACCAUCGGUGAUUGGGGAACUGAGUUCCAGACUGCAGCAGCUGAAUAAGGAUACCAGGUCUCUGGGGGAGGAGGAGCCACUGGGGGCAUCGCUGGACCCUGGGAGGAAGUCCCCUGUGACAGGCGCCAGACUUUUCAGCAGUCUAGGAGAGCUCCACACCAUUUCCCAGAGAAGCUACGGCACUUCCUACACCAUCCGGCCCGGCAGCCGCUACCCCAUAACACGUCGAAUCCCAAGCCCCGGCUCGGGCUCCCCAGAUCGGGGUGACCCCCUAAGUCGACUCCCAGGCUUCGGCUUACCCAUUUCGCCCACCACGCCGCCCCACACAAUCCUCAAGUCAUCCAGCCUCAGCCUGCCCCAUGAGCCCAAAGAGGUGCGCUUUGUUAUGAGGAGCUCCAGCGCCCGGUCCCGCUCCCCGUCUCCCUCUCCCUCUCACUCUCCUGGGCUGGGCUCACCCCUCCUGGCCCUCAGGCCCUUCCACCAGAAGCCCCUCCACCUGUGGAACAAGUACGACGUUGGAGACUGGCUGGAGAGCAUCCACCUCGGGGAGCACAGGGCCGGCUUUCAGGAGCAUGAGAUUGAGGGCUCGCACCUGCCAGCACUCACCAAGGAGGACUUUGCUGAGCUGGGGGUGACGCGGGUGGGACACCGCAUGAACAUCGAACGAGCACUCAAACAGCUGCUGGAGAGCUGACCCCUGCCCUGAGAGAGAGAGAGAGAGAAAGAAAGAGGGAGAGAGAGAGAGGCGGGAAGAAAUAGGGAGAGAGAAAAAUGGCUAGACCACCCCAGUUUUACACCAACUCCAUUUUAGGUCGCUGCUUUUCAUUUAUUUUUAUUCUGAUGUCUCUGAAAGUUUCAGUGAUUGCGUUCAUACGCAGCUCUCAGCACUGCACUGAAUUAUGAAGUCCCUCCCCCAUCUCAACCUAUCAGAUGAGUCCUCUGAUAGAGGCACAUAAACUCUUUGCAGAACAGAAUCUCGCAUGAGCUCCGAUUAGAACAUUUGAUUUGUGACUACUUGAGUUGCUCCUUUAGUCACACCUUUAACCUAUCCCACAGACCUUUCCUUCGCUGUACCGCUCUUCUUCUCCCUGUCCCUCCAUCUCUUUCCCUCCUGUUCGUUUUUUGCCUCUGAAGGAUCCCCAGUUUGUGUGAAGAAGAGGAGAAUGAAUCUCGUUCCAAACGGAAAGUUCAGUUGCCUUUCAGAAUAUUCUUACAGAGAUCAACUACGGUGAACACAGGAGUAAAGAUGCAGUACUGACCUAGUAUUGACAUAGAACUGACAUACUGAUACAGUACUGACACAGGCCUCUCUCCACUCUGCCUGGCAUUGUGUUUAACACUUGUGCCCAGAGACAGAGUUUGGUGUUGGAGACCACGUGGGGAGAACUCAUCUAUCCUGGGACCGUCUCACGAACUGACUGUGCUAUCUAUUAUAUUUGGAGAAUGUUUAACCAACACUAGUGGCUUUUUUCAUAAUCAAAACAUUUGCUUUGGGUUUCCAAAGGGAAUAUUAUAAAUAGAUAUAAUAUAAAUGUAUUUAAAUAGCUUUGAGGGGGGAAAAAACGACAGAACGUUGAAAAAAAGAUACGUUAUAUACAGAGCAUCUGACUCCUACUUCUAGACAGAGUACAGAGAGAAAACUGUAACAUUUAUUCCACCAACAAUUUACUUGUUUUUACCAAUUAUAUACAUAUAUAUAUAUAUAUAUAUUUGAAAAAAAGUAUAUAGAUAUAUAAAAAUGAAUUUUUUUCAUAAAAUAUACAACUUUACUAAAACUAUACAUAUUCAAUAUACAACACGCUAUUGAUUAACUGUCCUUCUAUGGUCACUCUUUCCUGAACAGUAGCAUGAGAAGUUGCAUCACGUCUUGAACAGAAGGUUGUGUUUCGUUUCCGCUUGUUUUCUUGCGGUCUUCCGUCAUGCUGAAGGGUAUCCCACACAGUGAGGGGUGUGAAACCACAGUUGACCCCAGUUUAAACCCAGUGACCUCAACACAUACUCAGAUGUAGAUAUACACAGAUAGGGUCUUAAUUAUCAGUCUGUUGCAGAAGAACUUUCCUGCAACUUUCCUGCACUUGUAGUGUAUUUGAGGUUUAAAAAGUCUUCUGAAGUUUGUAAUUUACACUUUGAAAUGUUUUUGUAUCAACC